AUGAUAGUUGGUGCAGUAGGUAGUGGUAAGUCUACCUUCCUUAGAGGAAUUGCUGGUGAGACACCCGUGCUGGAGGGCGAGCUCUUUAUCAAGAAUCCGGAUCUGGCCUUUUGUGAACAAACCUCAUGGUUGACAAACACAUCAAUCCGGGAAAAUAUUAUUGGGAAAGACUUAUUAUCUGUGUUUGAUGCUCAAUGGUAUCACACCGUGGUGAGAGCAUGUGGGCUGGAGCCGGAUCUCAAGAGAAUGCCAGCAGGUGAUGAAACGCUUGUAGGCAGCAAAGGUGCCAAACUGAGUGGUGGGCAAAAGCAAAGAAUUGCUAUAGCGCGAGCCGUUUAUGCUCGAAAGCAUAUUGCGUGUUUCGAUGAUGUCCUCAGUGGUCUAGAUAAUGCAACAGCGCAGCUGGUGUUUAAUAAUGUUUUUGGUCCGGCUGGAUUGCUGCGCCAGCUGGGCUGCACCACGUUUCUGGCUACCCAUAACGUGCACCACUCACCUCAAGCGGACUUGAUCAUUGUUUUAGGGGACGAUGGCCAGGUCCUGGAACAAGGCAGCUAUACCCAGCUCCGAAGCCAUGCUGGAGGUUAUAUCCACAAUCUAGGCAUGCAAUCACGACAGAUGGAUGAGUUAGCUGAAACGGUUGACCUUGGUUACAGGCAAAGUCAAUCGCGAAAUAUUACAACAGGAUCUAUGAGUCCUUCACCUACUACCGAUGGUAGUCGGCAGGCAAAUGAUUUAGCUGUGUAUAAGUACUACUUUUCUAGCUUGGGCGGCCUGCGUGUCGCCAUUCUGCUACUUUUCCUGAUCGUCAAUACUGGAAUUGAUGGAUUCCGCUACGUUAGGGUGAAUAUUUGGUCCUCUAGCAGUGAUAGCGCCUCGAAUUCACGUUUAGGAUACUGGCUUGGACUCUAUGCAGCAUUGGCUGUCAUCGAAGCUAGUGCCCUUAUCUUUUCUGUGUUCUGGACAUGGGUUAUUAUUGUGCCUGCUGCGUCCAAGAAUCUGCAUUCCAUAGUCCUCCGGGCUUGCAUGAGCCAAGAUAUGAGACUGGUCGACAUGAUCCUUCCCCAGUUUUUUGGCGCUUUUGCCCAAGUGGCUGUCGUUAUAGCUUCACUCCCCUACCUGGCAGCGGCCCUACCAGUUCUCAUUUUUGUGCUGGUCCUUGUCCAGCGGUUCUACCUGCGCACAUCUCGUCAACUGCGGCUAUUGGAGUGA